AAAUGUUAACCCAAGUUGCAUUUUCAAAACAUCAAUUUUUGGAAAUGCGUUAAUGUGUGUGGAAUAUUAAGAAGUCUUCCGAAUUCUUUUGAAUAAUCAACUCUUAAAUAACGGAAUUGAAAAAUGUUUUUGAAAAGUGACUUGUCUCCUAUUGCUAAGGUUUGAAACGUGUUCGGAUCAUAAUUCGUCGUUAUUCCAAUAUUUGGCGUCAAAUCUCGAUAUGUUCCCAAUGAACACGUAAUUGCUAAAAAUCAAGUAUUUCACAGUAUCAGAACGUUUCAAGUUCGAAUUUUACGUCUUUUUCACCGUAAAAUAUGAUUCUUUACCAGAGAAAUCAAACGUCUUUUUGGUUGUUCAAAUAAUAUGCUUACCGAGACUCAACGGGAUUUUACUACUUACAACAUAUAGGUUAUUUUCAGUAUGUCUUCCAGUGGAAGAAAAAGUGUUCUUACGAAUUUAAAUCUUUUAUUUAAUUCAGAUGACGCUCAUUUUCGAUUGACAACAGAUACGUUUAGAAAAUAUGUGAGAGAGGAUCUUCCAUCAAGCUCUGAAAUGUUCGUCACUUUGCACUAUGAUUCACGCAGCAUGGGUCACAGUCUCCUAUCAAGUCAUAGGAAACCCACUUCAGCUGAAAUCAGUACUGAUUCUCCUAAUCAGAAGCCAAAGGGAAGCAAAAAGAAUAUUUACAAUUUGGUUGCAGAAUCGAACAAAUUUAUUGUUGAAGGAAAGGAAAAUAGUAAUAACUAUCCAUCUCCGGCUCACAGAUAUACAGUGAACUUUUCAAAACUGUGUUCUAGCCAAGUAGGAGCAGAACAUAUGGAUUAUUAUGACUUUGAAUACAGAGAUUCAGGUGCAUGUUUCUACAGAAAUUCGAUUUUUAGUUGUGGCGAUCAACAUCAAAAUUGGUUUGGUAUUAUUCCUAAUGAUGGAGCAGUAGCCAUAAGUCUAGCGAAAACAUCAGUAUAUUUCAAAUCAAAUUACAGUACAUCACUAUCAGAAGAUAAGCAACUGAACUCAAAUGCCGCUAAUAUUUCCUGUAAAGAGAGCAGUUGCGAUAAGAAUCGACCAACUUUUGAAAAGCAGACUGAAACUAAAAAUCGUGGAGCAAACUUGAGCUAUUUACCAGCGUGGUUGGUAAUAGUUCGACGUGAACAAGGUUCAGAUCUACGUGGUUGUGUAAUAAACAAGAGUUUAAUAGAAAACAAUAAAUCUAUAUCUUCAUUAAUCAUAAAUGAACCUAAUAUGAACAAUCCUACUAUUAAUACAAGUAAUAACAGUUUACCAACAAACCUAAUCACAACAAAUAUUACUAAUGAUAAUUCUCCAAUAACAGAAAUAUCGCUUAAAACAAGUCUAUCAACAACAAAAUCUAUAUCAUUAUCAUCAAUGAACACAACAACAACAACAAAAACGACAACAACAACUACAAGUAUAUUGAAUAAUUCACAAUUGAUAAUGAUGAAGAAGAAAUCAGCCAAAAAGAAUUCAACAAAAUUAAAUGAUACUUUAUUGAAUAUUACUGAUGAACAAUUAGUAUUGCAGUAUUUAAUAAAGAAUGAAAAUAUUAUGGAUUAUUUAAAACCUGGUGUACCAGAUAGAAUAGUUUAUGAAAAAUUAUUAAAACUAGAUGAAAUGGAAUUAUUGAACAAUCACAAAUUCGGUGUAUUAUUAUGCCGAAAAAAUCAGUCAACUGAAGAAGAAAUGUACAACAAUGAACACUCAACACCAGAAUUUGAAGAAUUUUUAAAGCUUUUAGGUCGUAAAGUUCGUCUUCGUAACUAUUCUGGAUAUAUUGGCGGAUUGGACUAUCGGAAUGACUCAACUGGAUUGGAGACAUAUGUUACUGAAUUUCGUGGAACAAAUAUUGUAUUCCUUGUAUCUACACUUCUUCCAUAUGAACCUAAUAAAACAGAACAGUUAGCUAGAAAACGACAUAUUGGUAAUUCAUCUGUCACAUUUAUAUUUGUUGAAGAAGAUGCUAUGCCAUUUCAACCGGAUACAAUAAUUUCAGGAUUUCAAAAAGUAUUCAUUAUAGUUAAAUAUAUUCGUUUAAAUAAUGAUGUUGAUGAUAAGAAUAAUUAUAAAUUUGGUUAUCGUGUAGCUGUUUGUCGAGCGAAAGAUGUACCACAAUUCGGACCAAUUAUAUCAAGUGAUUAUUUAUUUGAACAUCAUCUGUCGUUUGGCAAUCUAUUAUUAACUAAAGCUAUUAAUGCAGCUUAUGCUGUAUUGAAAUAUUCAAAAUUUCGUGAAAUUAUGCAACGUUCAAGAAGAGACUAUCUUCAUCAAUUCUGUAAUGAACAUACAAUUAAUACAGAAAAUGAGAAUUUAAAACAUGGUAAAAUGCAUUUAUAUCGAAGACAUUCACAAGAUAAAUUAAAACAAUUAAAAAAUUCAAUAAAAUUUCGUGUAAAUGUAACCUCAUCUUCAAUAGAUCGUGAAUUCAUGCCUAUAAAAUAUCAUUCUGAUAGAAUAAUACCAUUUAAUCAAAAUAAUAAUAAUAAUAAUAAUAAUAAUAAUAAUAAUAAUAAUAAUAAUAAUGUUAAUAAUCCAAAAUCAUUUGAUGAUUUAUAUAAAAUACAUCAACCUGUAAAACGUAAUCAUUCUGAAUUAUUAAAAUCAAAUUAUGAUUAUCAUGGAAAUUAUUUAGAUAAAUCUAAUGAAUAUAUUCAUUUAUCAAAUACAUUUCAUAAUUUACUUGAUUUUGGUCAAAGUUUAUAUGUUGGUUUAAAAAAAUGGCAAAAAAUAGAUGGAUGGCAUUCAGUCAUGGAAUUAUUACCCAAUUCAUCAUCAUUAUUAAAUAAUAAUAAUAAUAAUAAUAGUAAGGAUAUAUAUUCAACAGAUGGUUCUGUCUAUAGACCUUUAACCAAUAAUCAUUAUUUUGAAACACAAAUUGGUAUUAAUCGAAAUUGGUUAGUCAUUUUUGCUCCAUAUACUAUAUCAUCAGAUUUAGCUAAUAAAAUUCUUUUAGCUAUCCCAUUGACAUCAAUAUUUGCUUGUUUAUUUGAACAUAAUAGAAAAGUAUUACGUAUCUACUUUGAUUGUGGACAAUAUGUACAAAUACAAGAUAUAUAUAAUUCAUAUGAUUCAAAUGAACAAAAUACAUUAGAACAAUUAAUCAAUUUUAUUUCUUAUUGUAUAUAUCCAAAAGUAUUACAAAAGUGUAGUCAAGUUGUAAUGAAAAUUAAAAAUAAUUCAAUUCAUCACAAUGAUCAUGAUAUAAAUAAUAAUGAAAAAUCUCUUAUUCAUCAUAUUGAUAAAACUAAUCAUGAUAAUCAAUUACAAGAAGAAUCAAAGAAAUCAAUAAAUCAACAAUCAAUCAAUAAUACUAUCAAUAAUAAUAAACAUUCAAUUAUAAUAAAUAAUAAUAAUAAUUGGUCCAUAUCAGAAAUUGGAUUAAGUUUAUCAUGUUUAAAUCCUAAUGAUAAUUAUAAUAUUCUUUAUUCAUCAUCUAAUUCAUUAUCAUUAUUAUCUUAUUCAUCUUAUUUAUCACCAUUUAAUAUAAAUCCAUUUCCAUAUAUUAUAAAUUUACAAAAAAAUAAUAUUGAUUUUAAUUUAAAUCAACAAAUCAAUAAACAAAUUUUAUUACAAAUUGGUUCAUAUCAUUUACCAGAAUUAAUUCGUUAUAUACAAAGUAAAAAAUCAAUAUGGUGUUUACAAAAAUUAAAUAUAUCAGGACCAUUUUAUAAUUUAUAUUUUCCAUUAAUAUAUGAUUUACAAUUUUCAACAUAUUUAUUAACAUUAAUUAAUAAAUUAAAAUUUUCUAAUAUAAUUAAAUUAAUUAUAUGUGAUUUACCAGAAAUUGAAAUAUUAAAUCGUGCACGUAUUAGAUCACAUCGGAAUCAAUAUGUUAAAUAUUAUAUUAAUAAUAAUAAUCAUAAUCAUAAUAAUAAUCAUAAUGUUCGAAAAGAUAUACGCUUUUCACAUCCUCCAACAUUAAGCACUGACAAUCAUCCUCAGCAACAACAACAUCAACAACAACAACAACACCGCCAUCAUCACCGACAUGAUGAAUGUUGUGAAACUUCUAUAGAAUUCAUUUCAUCUAAAGAUAAUUCAUUAUCAUUAUAUCAUUUACCGCAUAUUAUAAAUGUAUCUAAUAUAGAUUCUAAUGAAAAUAUAAAAAUUAAAAGAAAUUCACAACAUUUUAUGAAAUUCUAUGGAAUUAAACAAUCAAAUCGAAAGUAUCAUUCAUUAGAUGUUCAACAAAUCUUUUCAUCAACUGACUUGUACACAAAUUUACAAUGUCAAGAAAUAGCUGAUAACAAAUUAAUAACCAAAAGUAAUAAUGAAAAUUCAACUGAUUUCACUUCAAAUGGUUUACAAACAAUGAAUUUAAUUGAAACAGCUAAUUGUGUUCAAUCAAGAAGAAGAACACGUAAACCUGAAUUAAUUUUCAUGAAACAGUCAAAUCAUCAGAUGGAUUCAACAACUGUUAGUCUGCCAAGAAACGAAGAACUAUGUUUGAAUAAAGAAACGGUAAUAAGAAUAUCCAACAGUAAUCAUCAAGACAAAAAUGAAACAAACAGUGAAAUCUCUAAUCAGUUUGAAACAUGUCCAAGGAGUGUGAAUGACCAGAACUAUCUUAAAUCAUUUCAAAAUAACUCUCCAAUUCCUGAAAAUAACAAAAUACAAGUCACUAAAAUAUCUACUACAAAUCAAAAUGAUUUAAGUGAAUCUUCAUUAUCUACAUGGAAUCCGGAUUCAAAUAAAACUAAUGAUUUAUCAUUAAAUAAUUCAUUGAAUUCAAGUGUUGAUACAACAUUCCAUAUACCAGUGAAAUGGAGACGAGCUAAAACUGAAAAAAUUCAUUCACAAUGUAAUACAGAUGCUAGAAUUAUUACAAUACGUCGUCGAUUACAAUCAGCUGGAACAAAUACAUGGAAUACGAAAUUACAUGACAAUACUACAUUCAGUAAAUUGGAACAAAGUCGAUCAAAUAAUUUAACAGUGAAUAGUAAUAUGAAAUUCAAAAAUUCUUCAAUAGAUUAUAUACCACUAAUAAAACAAAAAAGUAGAUUAAAAAUAACUAAAGAAACUUUUACACAAUCAUCACACGAUACAAAUGAAUUGAAUAAUACUACUACUACUACUACUACUACUACUACUACUACUACUAAUAAUAAUAAUAAUAAUAAUAAUAAUAAUAAUAAUAAUACAAUGAAUAAAUGUAAUAGAGAAGUUAAACAAAAUCUAACAAAUGAUCAAUUAUAUGAUUUAACAAAAUUAAAUGAAAAUGAACUACGAAAUUAUUUAAGAAAAAUAAAUGAACAACUCCUAUUAGAACAAUCCCGUCGAAAUCAUUUAGCAAAUAUGUGUGCUGAUCUACUGGAGGAAAAUCGUAAACUUCGUAACGAUCAAUCAGACAAUAUGAAUGAGCAAACAGAACAACAAAUGGUAACAACUAAUACUUCUACUUCACUGAUGAAUUAGCCAAAUGAACCAAUUUAUAAGAAUUACAAAGGUAAAAAAGUCAAGUUAAGUUUUAUCAAUGGGAAAAUUAAACAGAUAAGUAGUAAUACAAGCAUAUGGAGGAAAUCUAGGGUAAAAUCUCCUAGUUUUAAUAACGAGACAGAUUUGUAAAUGAUAUAUAUAUAUA